CUGCAAACUUUACACAGGGGGCUGAUUCGUAUGGUGGUCAAAUAUCUCUGGGUUUGGACUAGGCAUUUCUAAGUUUGUUUUUGGAGGUUUUUAUUUAAUUUAUCAACUUUUAUUUAACUGGGACAUGCCAUUGAGGUCAGAAGACCUCUUUCCCAAGGAAGACUUAAGUUUUCUGGGUAUAUUUACAUUUUUUGGAGCAUAGAAGAGAACAAAAAUGGAUAGGAAAUUGAAUCUUAACCGAGCCGAGACUUUUUCCUUUAUCAACCCUUGGAUAAGGUACUUCCUGUUCUUUUUCAGCUUCUUGUUCUGGGUCUUCUCCUUGCUGAUUGUUGCUAUAGGGGUAUAUGCAAAGGUUCAAAAAGCAACAGACACGGUCAGAGACACGUUCCUGAUCGACCCAGCGGUCAUCCUGAUCGUGGUGGGCGUGGUCAUGUUCUUCAUCACCUUCUGCGGCUGCAUCGGAGCCCUGCGAGAAAACAUUCACCUUCUGAAGACGUUCUCCUUCAGUCUGACUCUGGUCUUCCUCACUCAGCUGACCAUAGCCGUCCUGGGCUUCUUCUAUUCAGACCAGACACGAGACGCUCUGGGGAAGUUUGUGAAUAAAGCCAUCGUGCACUACAGAGAUGACCUGGAUCUGCAGAACCUCAUGGACUACAUUCAGAGAGAGUUCAAGUGCUGCGGCUGGAACAACUACACUGACUGGUCAUGGAACCUGUACUUCAACUGCACCCAGGGGAACCCCAGCUCUGAGCGCUGUGCGGUCCCUUACUCCUGCUGCACCCCCGUACCAGGAGAGGUUGUGAUCAACACCAAGUGUGGCUUUGGGGUCCAGACUCAGAACUACCUCGAGGCCACCAAGUCCAUCUAUCCAGUGGGUUGUGCAGACCGGGCGGUUCGGUGGAUUGAGUCCCACCUGCUAUUGGUGGGGGCUCUAGCUCUGGGUCUCUCCCUGCCUCAGAUUGCAGGCAUUGUGCUCUCCCAGAUCCUCAUCUCUCAGAUCCAGGAUGAGAUCAGCUCAGUGUUGUGAGAAGAGGAUGGCCCGACCGACACAGAAAAUAACAAAACAACUAGGAGAGAACAGAGAAGAAGUACUGGCCACUCCAGUUAACAAAGGGCAUCCAUCUACGGUUACAUCACACAGCCUUGGGAGCAUCUGUUUUAGUGGUGUGCUGUAUAGACCGGAUGGAAGUGUGUCAUUAUAUGCUGGACUUAGUUGACUAAAGGCUGAC